AUGUUUUUGAACAAACCUUCUCCGGAGCCAAAGUCUGUUUUCAUGAUGUCGGAGAAUCCACUGAAGGCGUUUGAUGUCUCUAUCGAGAUCGGUGAAGGAAUCGGCAUCGAGAAUUUGAGCUCGCACUCAGAUCUACACACGACACAGAGGGAGCGUCGAGUACGUGUUUUGCACCCGGGAAGUCCAGAAGGCUUGGUCCUCAGAGUCCAGAAGGCUCAGUCCUCAGAGUCCAGAAGGCUCAGUCCUCAGAGUCCAGAAGGCUCAGUCCUCAGAGUCCAGAAGGCUCAGUCCUCAGAGUCCAGAAGGCUCAGUCCUCAGAGUCCAGAAGGCUCAGUCCUCAGAGUCCAGAAGGCUCAGUCCUCAGAGUCCAGAAGGCUUAGUCCUCAGAGUCCAGAAGGCUCAGUCCUCAGAGUCCAGAAGGCUCAGUCCUCAGAGUCCAGAAGGCUUGGUCCUCAGAAUCCAGAAGGCUCAGUCCUCAGAGUCCAGAAGGCUCAGUCCUCAGAGUCCAGAAGGCUUGGUCCUCAGAGUCCAGAAGGCUCAGUCCUCAGAGUCCAGAAGGCUCAGUCCUCAGAGUCCAGAAGGCUUGGUCCUCAGAGUCCAGAAGGCUCAGUCCUCAGGGUCCAGAAGGCUCAGUCCUCAGAGUCCAGAUGGCUCAGUCCUCAGAGUCCAGAAGGCUUAGUCCUCAGAGUCCAGAAGGAUCAGUCCUCAGAGUCCAGAAGGCUCAGUCCUCAGAGUCCAGAAGGCUUGGUCCUCAGAGUCCAGAAGGCUCAGUCUUCAGAGUCCAGAAGGCUCAGUCUUCAGAGUCCAGAAGGCUUAGUCCUCAGAGUCCAGAAGGCUCAGUCUUCAGAGUCCAGAAGGAUCCGUCCUUGA